AUGAUUGUCUGUCUGUUUACAAUUUUCUCUCUCUUUCUCUCUUUUUCUCUCUUCUCUCUAGUUAUCUCUUUCCCCCAUCUCCAUUUUCUCUCUCAAUAUCUUCUUUAUUGUUUCUCUCUCUCUCUGUCUCUCUGUCUCUGUCUCUCUGUCUCUCUCUAUCUCUCUCUCUCUGUCUCUCUCUCUCUCUCUCUCUCUCUCUCUCUGUCUCUCUCUAUCUCUCUCGUUGUCGUUUUUUUCUCUCUUUUCUAUUCUUUACUUUCUUUCUCUCUCUCCGUUUUUUAUCCUCCUUCUCUCUCUCUCUCUUUCGCUGUCUCUGUCUCUCUCUCUUUGUUUUUUCCUCUUUUUCGCCCUCAUUCUCUCUUUCCCACUUCUGCACUUUCAUUGUCACUCUCUCUCUAUCUCUCUCUUUCUCUCACGUUCUCUCUCUCUCUCUUUUCUCUACUUUUCUCGGUCCUUUUUUUAUCUUGA